AUGAAGUUCUCUCUUACCGCCGCUGCUGUACUCUCUGCUCUCGGCGGCGUUGCCAAUGCUGCUAAAAUCGAGGUCCUGACAGAGCGCCGUACCACCUAUAUUGCCAAUGAUGGCGAUAGACACGGACUUGGAAAGUUUACAGAUGGAUGCAAGAAGAACUCAUUUCCUUGGAUGAAGGAAAUUUGCAUCGAUGACAAGAGAAAUAGAGCUCAUGCUGUUUAUCAGACGAAUAGGAAGGAUUGUUUCAAGGUGACCCAUGAAACUUCAGGUAACUGUAAUUGCGAACUCGGCUGGGGUUGCAAAACGUGCUACACCAAACACUAUACCACUACGGCUUACAAUUGGUGA